AUGGAUGCUGCUGCUGGCCCACAGUCCCAGACGAACACCAGCUCCAUGUGCAAAGUUGAGUCAUCUUUGGCAUUCCCUGCUCAUGCUUUCCUCAAUGACGGCUCUGCGGCAAAGGCAGCCAAGGACGAGUUGGAGAAGCUCGUUUCGCAAGCCGACCCGUCCACCGCUGUUUGGCGGCCGCUGCUGCAGAAGCUCAUGACAGCAGCAGAUGACUCCCCAUCGCCAUCAGCAGGCCUCCAGGAUUGCCUCGACCGAUCUUGCGCCAAACUUCGGGCUGCUGACUACGAAGCUUUCCGGCAAAGCUUGCGGAGCUCGGCCCUGGCGAACGACCCACUGCAGGGGUGGCGCCAGCGUCUUGUGGCGGAGGGCUACGGCGCGGCGAGAGACACUGCUCUGCCGAUUGAGGCCGCGGAGAAGGAGGCUGCUGAGAACCAAGAGGCUCUAACACAAGUGGAAAGCAUGGUGCCAGAAGGAUCUGGAGUGGUGUUUCUCUGCCAAUCAGGCAGCUUCAUGUACGACUUGCAGGUUGCGAGCAGCGUUCCUUGA